UCUGUCCGCGAUACGAUUCGACGUGACAUACUGUGUCUUCCUCCUCGCAAACGGACACGCGCGGACGGUGUUGAAAUUGUGAAUUGCAAAGCGAAAACCACACUCGAAAGGGAAAAAAAAACCAUCGCACGAACGACGAGCGAGCGAGCGAAAAGAGAUAAUUCGUCGCGCGCGGUGACGUUAUCAGGUCGUUGAAUAACCCGCACGGAGGACAAGUGUGAAACGAGCGCGCUCCAACUCGCGCUGAUAACCGGUCGCGAACUUGCGGAAAAAGUUACCGGAUCGACGUGCUAAGUGAUUCGAAUGACCUCUGGUUAGUUAGCGUGAACGUUCGGUUUUUGAAAAAAAAAAAAAACAAAGUCUACAUUUUUAUUUUAGGUCGUCAUUGAUUUGCGGAAUACGCAGCGGUGUAGCACGCGAAAUGGCGCUGACUUGAGACGUUUUUCUCACGCAAUAUCUUCUCACACAACGUGACUACGGUAUUACUAGUGUUAGUUGCUUUUUGGAACCGAAGGGAAUCGCUAGGGUCGAGUUUCUUUCCUAGGGUCGUCACGUGGCUGUUGCAAUCCAACCGCAACUUUGCGAUUUCACGUCGGGAGGCAAAUCGCUCGCCCAGAAUUCCGAAUUUUCUCAUCGAACCGAUCAGCGAGCGUAAUCGGAAAGGGUUUUCGAAGGGUGCGGCGCGCCGCAGUGCGCCGUCUCGCCUCGAUCGUGGAAUGAUCGACGUGGUGUCGAUCAUCGUUGCGAGUGCUUCCGCUCGACAUUACAGCCGACUCGAUGCGCCGCUAAGGGCCGCGAUUGGCGAGGUAUCGAGAGGCAACCCCGACAGGUGCUAGCCGCGCGAAAGCCGCGGUCACGUGGCGCGUGAUGAUGUAAGGUGUCUGAAGAGAAGACGACGGUGCGUUUUGCGGAGACGAAAUGACGCGCGACAGGAAAUUGCUGUUGCUGCUGGGCCUGCUGAUGGCUUACGGCCUCUUCGUGGCUGAGUGCCGGUAUCAUCAGCACGAGGACGCGGCGACGACCGAGACGAGACAUCGUCACAGGCACAAGCACGAGUCCUCGUCGAGCCGAAGGAGUCAUCACGAGAUCGACAGGCGAGGCUGGAAGGAACUCGAGGACUACGACGCGGAGUACGACGCGGACUCCGACGAACCGAGCCCGAUCGACGAGGACGAUUACGACGCGCAAUCAUACUACAAUCAUCCGAGAUCGCAUCAUCGAUCCGCGCAGAGAAGUUAUCACAGUCGAACGUUCGAGCCGCGCUACCCGCCCAGGUAUCACGUCGGUGGCGAUUAUCACGCCAGAGGCUUGUACGACGAGGAUAACAACGACAGGCGCAGGAUACAACCAUCGCGAUACAACGCAAAGAAUCAUCGUUACGGAGGCAGAACUUAUUACAGGCCCGCGUAUUCGCGCAAUCGCGAGGUGUCGUCCGACUACGAUUACGACGACACGCAGGAAGAUUACAAGAGGCACAGGUACGAGCAUAACGGCGGUACGCGCAAAAAUUUUAGGCGACACGAUUCGGGAAGAAACUGGAGAAACCCGAUAACGAGCGGCUAUCGCGGCGCGAGAAAACAUCGCUUGGAAGUUGUCAAUUCACGAAGCGACCCGUGGAACUCCGAUUGGAGAAGAAGAUCGAACUCCUCGGAGUCCAAGUAUCAUUUCUCAAAGAGCGACGAGUCGGAGGAGGACGAGGAUUACGAGGAUCACGGCGGACUGGAGGAGGACGACAGGGACGACGAGGACGAAUUGUGGAAAGACGUCGAGAACGAGGAGAACGACGAGAACGAGGAUGACGUCGACGACGACAACGUCGAUUUCUACAAGAAGGAGACGAAACCGCUCCUGAAGACUUACGACGACAUCAUCAGAAGGCUCACGUCCGACGAUUCGACCACCUCGAGAAGUACCGUCAAACGGGAUUAUCGCAAUCUCGAGAGGCACGCGAGACGCGACGGUUCCAGAAAUCACAAGCCGCAAAACCACUCGAGAACCAAACUGGUGGAUUUGUUCAAGUUCACGAACGCGUCCCAUCCCCGGCCGGGUUAUUUCGUCAACAAACAGACCGCGGAAGAAAACUCGACUGACAAAUUUAGCGGAGCGACCGAACGCAAAUCUCACAUAAAAGCGAUCGGCUUGGUCAAGGGCAACGAUCGGCAGGGGGCGAAGACCACGUCUAAGAUGAAUGAUACUAAGACGAGAAGCUCUCCCGAGCAGGAUUACGACGAAUACCUGAAUACCUCGGAUAAUGAGAAGGAAGACGACCUUGUCAAAGCCGGAGUCGUGGACGAUUCAGACAUGCAGGCGGAUGUUACGAACACGGAUUACACCGACGACGACAACGGCGACGAGAGCGAGACCCUCGCCACGUCAACGAUCGCCACGACCGCGACGAAGCCGGUCGUUCAGCAUUACGAUUACAAGGACCCGAGAUCCUAUGACAGCGGGACCGGAGCGCAGUAUAACGGGUACCAAGCGAAAAACGACUAUCCGCCGAUGUCUGCGCACAGCGUUCACAAGUGGCAGUUGCUCGGCACUCGCGAGAGUGUCAAAGAGACCAGGAACAACAUGCAGUUGCACAAAAACAAGAAUGACGAAAUCAAAGAAGCUCUUCAGCACGCGGUGAAAGUACACAAGGAGGGAAACUGUCAGUGGCCACGCGCGAGGCUCAUUCCGGUCCGUGACGUUUAUCCGAAUCCCUCCACCACCUAUCUACCACACUGCGCCAUACUGCACAGGUGCUCGGACGACACCGGAUGUUGCAGAUCGGAAACGCUCACCUGCGUGCCAAAGCAUUCUCAGCGCGUCGAGCUUUCUUUCUACACCACUAACGUGACUGGCAGCAGCGUGGUGGAGAAGCUGUCGUUCUACAAUCACACGGAAUGCGAAUGCAGAGCGAGGCACGAGUACGACGCGACCAACGAGAGAGGAUUUCCGGAUCAGAGAGCGUCCCGACAUCAUCAUCACUCCUCGUCGUCGCCUCCCGAGAACAUGAAGAAGCCGAAAAAGCCAUGCCGGUGUCCGUCGCAAUUCACGCCGAGGAUCACGCAGGGCGUUUGUCAGUGUUAUUGCUACGACAACAAUGACAAUUGCGUAAAGACCAGACGUGGAAAGGCACAUUUCUCCCUCACGGACAGAAUAUGCAUUCAGAAGAACGAGUGCGCGAUGCCGCACUGCGAAUUCGGCGAUUACAUAGAGUCGCGAGGCAAAUGCCCGCGGAAGACAGACACCUUUAACGCGAUGAUGACGCCUUAUCGCACGACUCUGCAGCACCGGCCCAGAAGCUAAGAGAAGCCGCAGGUUUAAUAGCGCAGGAUAAUAGCAAAACCGAGGGGGGGAGGGAAGGGACGAGAGGAGGAGAGAAUUACAAACGAUCGCGCGCAAAUACAAUCGCGAUCGUCGUGCCAAUAUAAGAACGAGGAGGGACAGCGCGGCGGCGAGAAACGCGCGCGGGAGAAGAAAAAACCGACGAGGUGCCAUUUUUAUUUUCUUCUUUUUCUGUUCAAGUGCCUUCGUGAGAGAAAGACUCAUGUACUACACGUGUGUACUUCACGUUAUUAAAUAAAAAAAAAAAAAUAAAAAAAAAAAUAAAAAAAAAAAUGUACACCGUGCGUCGCAAUUAUCUAGACCGCAUAUACAUGUGUAUUGUUGUCGCUUCUUCUUUUUGUUUCUUUCUAUCGUGAUCAACGAAGAUACGAAGUGAUAUCGGAUCGUCGAUUUUCGAUGAUUACCAGUGAUCGAUCGUUACGGGGGCAGAGAGAGAGAGUAAUAGUAUUUUGAUGUUUAAGUAAUAAUGUUUUUUUUUCGUAGCGCGAUGUCACGGCGGCGGCUCGCCAACAAAUAAAAAUAGAUAAGAUAAUCUCACACAAUUUCAAGUGGUUAGAAUAGAAACAAUGUCACAUUCUCUUAAAAAAAAAAUCUUAAAAAAUUUACUCUAUGUGUAACUUACUCUAAAGUAAAAUAAGUUUUGAAGGAAAAAAAGACGAGAUAUAAAUUACUAGUUGCGAUGUAAAACGAUCGUAUCGAUAAAAUGCUUACUAGUAAUAUAAUUUGUUUUUUUUUUUUCAAAGACAGGAACGGUUAGAGAAAAUAGCGUUCUUUAACAGCGAAGAAUCUCGAUACAUGAGAAAAAAAACACUCGUAGAGUAGAAAUCGACGAGCCGCUGAAAAAAACGUAUACAUGCAUGUAAAUAUUUAUGUACAUAUAAAUAAACAAUUUAUUUAUAUGUAUAUAAAUGUAUACGUACGUAUAAAUUUAUAUUAUAUAAGAUAUAUAAUAGAACUGUGAGAGGGUGCGAUAUUUUAAGUUAAGAUACGGUAGUUUUAUACGAUAAGCGACUAUAUACAUAUGGUUAGAUUGUAUAACGCAAAGUUUGCGCUGAGAAAAGACCUCGGGUGUGAACCUAGUCUGUGUGAGAUCCCGUUUCUUUUCUGCGCGUGAGAAUAUCUCUCGAUACAUAUCGAUUCGAUUCGGCAAAUCUAUUACACUCGCCAUGUUCUUCUUCUUUUUUUUUUUUUUUUUUUUGUACGUGUAAAACCACAC